CUUCGGCAAACUUUACCAAAAACCGGAAGGGAUUUUCACUUGAUUCGCUAAACCAAAUCAAAUCAUUUACUUCGAAUUCCCACUCCAUAAGAUAACGAAAAUAAGUCCUAAACACUGGUUGAAUUGGGCUUUCUCGACAAUGGGUUUGAAGUCUCCCUUUUACGUUUCCAAUUCAUUAAUCAACAAUCUCGUAUAACCCCGCCAUCUUGAAGUAACGCGUUCCGAGGGGACUGGUUCGGGUAUAUUGAGAAGAUUGAAGCGAUAGCGCUCACCAAGAUACACUAUAUAGCGCUCACACUACGGUAUAAUUUUUCCAAGAAAUGAACUAAUGUGUGUUUCCAAUUAUUUGACAUGAAAGACUCAUAAUAAAAUUGACUUGUUAGUUUUCACGUUGACCAACUUUCAGUGACUCUUCCUCUUGCUCUCAAAUUGGUCUUGCUGAAUUUUAGCUUACAUGACUGGUGCAGCAUAGUACCAAACCUUUGAGUGGGAGGACCUCCCCUUAUGAGGGAUCAUGUGAAGUGAACCACUCCUCUGUCAGCUAUGUGAGUUUGUGCUGGUUCAAAGGGUAUGUACAGGUAUCCAAACAAUUAUCCAGUGGUAAGGGUAGAAGUCAGUGGAUACAUAGUUAGCAUAGAUUCAAGGGAAAAGCUAACAACCUAUGGAGUUGAUGAUGGGAGUGGCACAAUUUCCUGUUGUAAGUGGCAUUCCCAAGAUCUGAGCACAGGGCAAGAAUCCUACGAUCUUGGUCAGCUGGUGACAGUGCAAGGAAAGAUUUCUGUUUUCAGAGAGCAGAGGCAGCUCACUAUUGAUCUGAUCUAUCCAGAGAAAGACCCUAAUGCUGAAGUCCUCUUCUGGCUAGAAGCAGUCAAUCUUGGCAACACAGUUUACAAAGAACCAUUCACUCCUUCACUCAAAGAUUUCCAAACAGAAAAUAGCUCUGUAUCAAAGGAAACAGAACUGAAAAAAGCUAUUUUGACACACAUCAAGGAAAAUAAGAUUGUAACAUUCCAGUUUCAGACCUUAUGCUUUGAGCCUGAUAUACAACAACUGGCAAGGGAGGCAGCAAAGCAAAAAUGUACCAGUGAGGAGGAAGCCAAAAUAUGGAAUGAUUCUCAUGAAGCAAAGAAAGUUAUUAGACAUAUAAUCAAAGAUCUUGAGAAAGAUGGCUUGGUGUAUCUUAAAGACUCAAGAAGAGAUCUUUACCAGGUUAUAAGUCAUGAACACAAUCUUGGAUCAGCAAUUUUAAAGGCAAUGAGCAAAAUUGCAGGACCAUCAGGUUUCUCAAUCUCUAAAUGGGCCAUUAUAGAUGUCCUUCAUUCCUCAAACAAGUUUCAACAUGUAACAAUGAAACAGGUUGAGGAAUCACUUGACAAACUUCUACAGAACAGUGAUGUUUACAAACAGAGUGAGAAUGAAUACUGCUUAGUGUAACAGUCAUAGAAAGUUCAUCCAAUACUUAGCUGUUUCAUUGAUACCACUUAAAAGAAAUAUGCUGG